AUGAUGACUGGUAUUGCUAGGGCUGCAUUGAGAUCCAAGUGCACUACAAGUCUUUGUGCACUUGUUCAGAGAAGUCAUGGCCUCCCAGUGAGGUGUUUCUCCACUGAAGCUGAACAGCCACCUCUGGAUUCAACUCCCCCUCCUCCAUUCUUGGACAUUAAGCAUUCUGGUGUGACAUAUGGUAAGCUGUUUGGCGUUCGUAAACAUAUACUGAAAACAGAUAUCAUCAACUUCCUUGAAGGUUGUGAUUUGACCCUGGAGGAUGUUAAAAUGGAUUACAACCGUAGCUUUUUUCCAGUUUCAACGUUGUUGCAAUUCCCCACUCGUAAUUCCUAUGACAAUGCUAUAAGGGUGAUUGUAAAGAAAGGUCGCUUAUACAAAUUGGACAGGGCUGAUCGAUCUGAAUGGGACCAAGUAAAACCAUAUGAUGGAAAAACUGUCAGUGGAGAUUCUUAA